AUACAAUACUUCAGGAAAAAAAGUUAUAUCUUAUAUUUGAAUAUUGUGAUAUGGAUUUAAAAAAAUACAUCGAUAGUGCACCGUUUGGAUUACCGGUAGAUAUAAUUAAGAAAUUUACUUAUCAACUUUUGUGUGGAAUCAAGUAUUGCCAUUCACAUAGAAUUCUUCAUCGUGAUCUGAAACCUCAAAAUCUUCUUAUUGGUUUAGACGGUAAUUUAAAAUUGGCCGAUUUUGGUUUAGCAAGAGAUUUUUCUAAUUCUAUAGGUGUUCUUACUCAUGAGGUUGUCACGCUAUGGUAUAGACCUCCAGAACUUCUCCUUGGUGCUCGAUAUUAUUCUACAGGCGUCGAUAUGUGGAGUGUCGGCUGUAUUUUUGCGGAGAUGAUGUCAUCAUAUGCUUUAUUUAGAGGUAUCCCAUCAUGGUCACGUGAAAAUUUCCGUGAUAGUGAAAUAGAUCAAUUGUUCAAGAUUUUUGGCAUUCUAGGGACACCAGAUGAACGUCUAUGGCCCGGAGUACAUCAAUUGCCUAAUUUCAAAUUUAUAUUCCCUUCUUGGAGACGUUAUCCUUUAAAUCAAAUUUUUCCUUGGAUGAGUUAUGAUGCAAUUAAUUUAUUGGAGAACCUCUUGAUUUAUGUACCAAGUCGGCGAAUUGCGGCUAGAACAGCCCUUCGCCACACCUACUUCGAUGAUAUAAACUAUCCUCGUUCAUGA